AUGCUACUGUUAACGUCUUUGUUGUGCAUUUUCGUUGUCGACAUCCUCACGCAUUUCUACAUGCGCCUCCACCACUUCCACCACUACCGUGCUUCGCAUCGCCACUUUUUUGACGUCUUCCCUCUGAGGCCGCAAUCGCUCCUGGAAACCCGUCAAUCCCCAGCCAAAAACCUGACGUACUGGUAUCGUCCUCAUACAUCUCGGGCGAAGUCACCGAUCGUGUUCCUCCACGGCAUCGGCGUUGGCUUAUACCCUUACAUGGAAUACCUGAAAGAAUUGAAUCAAGGAUACCGGGAAGAAGAUGGCGUCAUCGGAAUCCUCGCAGUUGAGAUGCUGCCAAUCUCGUCUCGGAUCACGUCGCCUUUGCCGCGGAAGCAAGAAAUGUGUCAACAGCUUCAGUCCAUUUUAAAACACCAUGGCUUUCAACGGUUCGUCUUGGUGUCACACUCAUAUGGUUCGGUAAUUGCCACACAUCUUUUGAAGACGCCUGAACUGGCAAGCAUGAUCACGUCGCUCAUUCUCGUCGACCCCGUGUCCAUCCUCCUUCACCAACCGGAUGUUGCCUAUAAUUUUAUUGUCCGAAGACCCAAGCGCGCCAACGAGUGGCUUUUAUGGUACUUUGGUUCCAAGGAUAUGGGGGUCGCGCACACACUUUCCCGGACGUUCUUCUGGUCUGAGAACAUAUUGUGGAAGAACGAACUUUUGAACCAUCAUGCUACUGUCUUUCUGGCCGGCAAAGACUCGAUCAUCAACGCACCCCUCGUUUAUGAAUAUCUGCAAGCAACUGGUGGAGGCGAGGAUAAUAAGAUCAAAACCAGGCGUAUCAGCUUUCAUAGCGAUGACAUCCCGGCAGACUAUGAUUUUGAAACGGCCGUGCUAGAAAAACAUGCCGACGAUGACAGGCUGAAUGUGGUGUGGUGUCCGAACCUCGAUCACGGCCAGAUAUUUGAUCUGCAGCCAUGGAGGAAACAGUUGGUUGAAGACACUCUCGCGCAUGCGCGAAGAGACUUUUCCGUGCAAUGCAAAGAACACGACACGUUCUUGUAG